AUGCCAGAAAAACUCAUGGAACAAAAAUUUAAAGAGAAAAUUUUCUUUUGUUCCAGAAGGCAUAAAAGGACGCAGACACUUGGCAUUUCACCUGACGAAAAAUUUGUUAUUACAACAACAAACAGGAAAGAAAUUACUUGUGAUAAUUUUGAUGAAACUGUUAAAGAUGGAGUGACUCUCUACUUGCUGCAGUCUGUCGAUCAGUUGCUGCUCUCAGCUACGAAAGAGCGGAUUGACUUCCUGCCUCACUAUGACACGCUGGUCAAGAGUGGCAUGUAUGAGUAUUACGCGAGUGAAGGGCAGAACCCUUUGCCAUUUGCUCUUGCGGAAUUAAUUGACAAUUCAUUGUCUGCAACUUCUCGUAAUGUUGCUAUUAGAAGAAUACAGAUCAAAUUGCUUUUUGAUGAAACACAAGGAAAACCUGCGGUUGCAGUGAUGGAUAAUGGAAGAGGAAUGACCUCUAAACAGCUUAACAACUGGGCCGUGUAUAGGUUGUCAAAAUUUACAAGGCAAGGUGACUUUGAAAGUGAUCAUUCAGGUUAUGUCCGUCCAGUACCAGUUCCACGCAGUUUAAAUAGUGAUAUUUCCUAUUUUGGUGUUGGGGGGAAGCAAGCUGUUUUCUUUGUUGGACAAUCAGCUAGGAUGAUAAGUAAACCUGCAGAUUCCCAGGAUGUUCAUGAGCUUAUGCUUUCUAAAGAAGAUUUUGAGAAGAAAGAAAAAAAUAAGGAGGCGAUAUAUAGUGGAUAUAUUAGAAACAGAAAGCCAUCUGAUUCUGUUCAUAUCACAAAUGAUGAUGAACGAUUUCUACAUAAUCUGAUCUUAGAGGAGAAGGAAAAAGAUAGCUUUACUGCGGUGGUUAUAACAGGGGUACAGCCAGAACAUAUACAGUACCUAAAAAAUUACUUCCAUCUUUGGACUCGACAGUUAGCGCAUAUUUAUCAUUACUAUAUUCAUGGACCAAAAGGAAAUGAAAUACAUACGUCAAAAGAAGUUGGACCUUUCAACAACAUUGAUAUCGAAAUUUCUAUGUUUGAAAAAGGGAAGGCACCUAAGAUUGUCAACCUAAGGGAAAUACAAGAUGACAUGCAGACAUUGUAUAUCAACACAGCAUCUGAUAGCUUUGAGUUCAAAGCUCAUGUUGAAGGAGAUGGAGUAGUGGAAGGCAUUAUCCGAUACCAUCCUUUCUUAUAUGAUAAAGAAACUUACCCUGAUGAUCCGUGCUUUCCCUCAAGACUAAAAGAUGAUGAUGAUGAUGAUGAUUGUUUCAUACUUGAGAAAGCAGCAAGAGGGAAAAGACCUAUUUUUGAAUGUUUUUGGAAUGGACGAUUAAUACCAUAUACAUCAGUUGAAGACUUUGACUGGUGCACUCCUCCUAAGAAGAGAGGGCUUGCGCCAAUUGAAUGCUACAACAGAAUAUCCGGCGCUUUGUUCACUAAUGACAAAUUUCAAGUCAGCACAAAUAAACUGACCUUCAUGGACCUUGAGCUAAAACUGAAAGACAAGAACACCCUUUUUACAAGGAUUUUAAAUGGACAGGAAAUACGAAUGAAAAUUGACAGAGAAUUUGCUUUAUGGCUGAAGGACUGUCAUGAAAAAUAUGACAAACAAAUAAAAUUUACACUUUUUAAAGGAGUAAUUACACGUCCGGAUCUUCCGUCUAAAAAGCAAGGCCCCUGGGCAACAUACUCGGCAAUAGAAUGGGAUGGAAAAAUAUACAAAGCAGGACAGUUGGUCAAGACAAUCAAAACACUUCCCCUCUUCUAUGGAAGUAUAGUAAGAUUUUUUCUGUAUGGUGAUCACGAUGGAGAAGUAUAUGCUACAGGAGGAGAAGUUCAAAUUGCAAUGGAACCUCAGGCAUUGUAUGAUGAAAUAAAAACUGUGCCAAUUGCAAAACUGGAUAGGACAGUUGCUGAGAAAGCUGUUAAAAAAUAUGUAGAAGAUGAAAUGGCAAGGCUCCCUGACAGAUUGUCAGUAACUUGGCCUGAGGGAGAUGAAUUAUUGCCUAAUGAGACUAGGCCUGCUGGAACUCCCAUUGGUGCAUUAAGAAUUGAAAUACUCAACAAAAAAGGGGAAGCAAUGCAAAAGCUUCCAGGAACAAGUCAUGGAGGGUCAAAAAAACUCCUAGUUGAGCUUAAAGUUAUACUACACUCGUCAAGUGGAAAUAAAGAAAUCAUUUCACAUAUUAGUCAACAUGGAGGAAAAUGGCCUUAUUGGUUUAAAAAAAUGGAAAAUAUUCAAAAAUUGGGAAAUUACACUUUGAAAUUACAAGUGGUAUUGAAUGAAAGUAAUGCAGACACCUAUGCGGGAAGACCAUUACCAUCUAAAGCUAUUAAAUUUUCUGUUAAAGAGGGCAAGCCAGAGAAAUUUUCCUUCGGACUUAUGGACCCUGCUUUUCGAGUUGGUGUCCCAUUCAGUAUCCCUCUGGAGUUUCAGGAUGAAUUUGGUCACCCUAGCCAGCUAGCAACGGACAUUCAGCCAGUUCUUGAAGCAAGUGGUUUAUCUUUACAUUAUGAAGAAAUAACCAGAGGACCGAAUUGUGUAAUUCGAGGUGUUACAGCUAAGGGCCCUGUGAACUCUUGUCAAGGCAAGAAUUUUAACCUGAAGGUGAUUCUGCCGGGUUUAAAAGAGGAUUCACAAAUUCUAAAAAUUAGAUUACUACCAGGUCCCCCUCGUCGAUUGAAAGUGAAACCUGAUUCGGAAAUUUUAGUUAUAGAAAAUGGAACAGCUUUCCCAUUUCAGGUGGAGGUUCUAGACGAAUCAGAUAACGUAACAGUGCAGCCAAAAUUGAUUGUUCACUGCAAGUUCCUAGGUGCCCCCAACCUUCCAGUGUAUGUCGUAGACUGCAGCAGUUCGGGAACCAGUAUUUUAACGGGAUCUGCAAUUCAAGUCCAGAAUAUUAAAAAAGACCAGAGCCUUAAAGCAAGAAUUGAAAUACCUAGCUGUAAAGAUGUGUCGCCCGUGGAAAAGACGAUCAAGUUGCUUCCCAGCAGCCAUGUUGCACGACUGCAGAUAUUCAGUGUAGAGGGACAGAAGGCGAUCCAGAUCAAACAUCAAGAUGAGGUUAACUGGGUAGCAGGCGAUAUUAUGCGUAAUCUUAUUUUUCAAAUGUAUGAUGAAGGAGAAAGAGAAAUCAAUAUAACAUCAACUUUAGCAGAAAAAAUUAAAGUAAACUGGACUCCUGAGAAUAACAAAGAACACUUGCUACAGGGCCUGCUUCCUGAUGUGCAAGUACCAACGUCUGUGAAAGAUAUGCGCUAUUGUCAAGUUUCAUUCCAAGAUGAUCAUGUAUCUUUGGAAAGUGCAUUUACAGUAAGACCACUUCCUGAUGAACCCAGACAUUUAAAGUGUGAGCUAAAAGGAGGAAAAAUAGUGCAGAUGGGCCAAGAGCUUCAAGGAGAAAUAGUUAUAAUUAUUACAGAUCAAUAUGGAAAUCAGGUUCCAGCAUUUUCACCAAGUACUUUAUCUGCUUUGUCAAUUGCUGGAGCUGGACUGGAUAACUCAAGUGUGAAGACGGCUUUGCAGGAAAACUCACAAAGUGUAAGUGUAAGAGGCGUCAGAUUUAUUCCGGGACCUCCUGGAAAUAAGGAUCUUUGUUUCACUUGGCGUGAAUUUUCUGACUUUAUUCGAGUGCAGCUCAUUUCAGGACCUCCUGCAAAGCUUCUCCUUCUAGACUGGCCAGAUUUGAAGGAGGCCAUCCCAGUGAUAAAUGGAAGAGAAUUACAGAGCCCUCUCACUGUUCAACUUUGUGAUCAGUGGGAUAAUCCAGCAGCAGUACCUCACGUUAAAAUAAGCCUCGUUAAAGCUAGCAUCUUAAAGCUCAUGCCUUCAAACCAGCAGCAUAAAACAGAUGAGAAGGGCAGGGCUAAUUUGGGAGUGUUCGUUGUUUCUGCCCCUAGGGGAGAACAUACUAUGCAGGUAAAAGCCGUCUACAACAAGAGUACCAUAGAAGGACCUGUAAUCAAGUUAAUGAUUCUUCCGGACCCUGAAAAACCCAUUCGUCUCAAUGUUAAAUAUGACAGAGAUGCUUCCUUUUUAGCAGGAGGUAUUUUCACUGAUUUCAUGGUCAGUGUUAUCUCUGAAGAUGACUGCAUCAUUAAAAAUAUUAACCCAGCUCGCGUUUCCAUGAAAAUGUGGAAGCUAUCCAACACUGUGAACCGACCACCAGCUAACGCAGAAACAUUUAGUUGCAAUAAAAUAAAAGAUAAUGACAAGGAAGAAGGAUGCUUCUAUUUCAGGGAUAAAAUAAUUCCUAACAAAGUGGGGACAUACUGUAUCCAGUUUGGUUUUAUGAUGGAUAAAGCAAAUAUUCUCAACAGUGAACAGGUUAUAGUUGAUGUUCUACCUAAUCAGCCUGUGAAGUUAGUUCCUGAAAUUCAACCCGCUACCCCAGCUGUUUCUAAUGUUCGCUCAAUUGCCAGUAGGACCUUGGUCAGAGAUUUACGUCUCAAUAUCACGGACGCAUAUGGCAAUCAUACAGGAAUAGACUUGGUUGGCACCAUGGUAGCUACCAUCAAAGAUUUUAAGGAGGAAGACACGGACACGCCACUCUUUAUUGGGAAAGUUAAAACACUGGAAUUUCCCUUCGUAAAUGGUUCAGCUGAAAUCACGAGUCUGGUGCUGGCAGAAAAUAGUCCUGGAAAAGAUAGUACUGAAUAUCUUAUUAUUUUUGAGCCCCGGCUACCACGUUUGUCAGAAACGUUGGAACCGUAUAUCCUACCAUUCAUGUUUUACAAUGAUGUUAAGAAGCAGCAACAAAUGGCAGCACUUACAAAAGAAAAGGAUGAGUUAUCUAAGUCUAUUAUUAUGUACAGAAGUUUAUUUGAAGCCAGCAAACAGCUUCUUGAUGAAAUGAAAUGCCAAGUUGAAGAAGCAAAGUUAAAAGAGGCUCAGUUGCGAAAUGAGCUCAAGAUACAUAACAUUGAUAUUCCUACAACGCAACAGGUGGAACACAUCGAAGCACUUCUGAAAAGAAAGAUAACAGAACAGGAAGAGCUAAGGAAAAAACCCAGAAGGUCAUGUACUCUUCCAAACUAUACCAAAGGUAGUGGGGAUGUUUUGGGAAAGAUUGCACACCUGGCACAGAUUGAAGAUGACAGAGCCGCGAUGGUGAUUUCCUGGCACCUGGCCAGCGACAUGGACUGUGUGGUCACCAUGACCACUGAUGCUGCACGCCGGAUCUACGACGAGACCCAGGGUCGGCAGCAAGUGCUGCCUCUUGAUUCUAUUUAUAAGAAGACCCUUCCAGACUGGAAAAGACCUUUACCUCAUUUCCGAAAUGGAAAAUUAUAUUUCAAACCUUUUGGUGAUCCAGUCUUUGCCCGAGACUUGCUGACAUUUCCGGAUAAUAUAGAACAUUGUGAAACAGUAUUUGGUAUGCUCUUAGGAGACACCAUUAUUUUGGAUAAUCUCGAUGCAGCCAAUCAUUACAGAAAAGAGGUGGUGAAGAUCACUCACUGCCCCACGCUGCUGACCCGAGACGGAGACCGCAUCCGCAGCAACGGGAAGUUCGGGGGCCUGCAGAACAAGGCCCCGCCGAUGGACAAGCUCCGCGGGAUGGUGUUCGGAGCCCCAGUUCCCAAGCACUGCUUGGUCUUGGGGGAGCAGAUAGAUCUUCUGCAGCAGUACCGCGCCGCCGUGUGCAAGCUGGGCAGCGUGAACGAGGACCUCAACGGCCAGCUGCAGUACCUGCACACGCCAGACAUGAAGAAGAAGAAGCAGGAGCUGGACGAGGUCCGUUCCCGCUUGCUUUUCUUCCGUGUGAUGUUACAGGUUUUAAUUUUCUGUGCUUCUUUCUACGUAGGUAUGACUCCCACACGUAAAUGCAGCGACUCAGUGCAUCAUUCAGCAAAGGUCGAGAUGACAGAGUGUCCAAUUCCUCCUAAAAGAAUGAGAAGAGAGACCACCAGGCAAAACAGUUAUCGCUUUGCACUUCCUAGCAGUCCCCUCCGCGGGAACAGCUUCUCACUUCCGAUGCCCGCUCUCUGCCCUGCCCUGCCCUGCCCUGCCCUGCCCUGUCGCCAUGCAAUGAGCACCCAGCAGCUCAGCGGUGGCCCUGUCCGGCAGACACGGGAGCCACUUCACGACUUGAUCGUGAGUCAGGGACUUACUGUACCGUAAGCACACAAGAGCAGUUGCUUGUAUUAUUCCUGAUUUCCCCAUCGAGCCAUAAUUAAGAUCUUAGAAACAAGAAAGACCCUAAGCAAUGAUAAGACAUAGUCAUUUCAGUCCCCAGGAUAUCCGGUUUUCUAAAUGACUUCUGUUAUAUGGAAUAAAAAGCGUCAAGAUGAGGCCAGUGUGUUCCCUUGUGCUGUAGGGUGCGUUUCUUUGCCUACUUUUACUCGGUUCAGACUCGCUCUCCAGAGUCUGUUGCUUUUCCCUGCCUUCAACAAAACCUCGCUUGAAAAAAAAGAUGCCAUAUGUACACGCACCAGUUCCCCAUACGAGGGAUGUCUUCAUUACACCUUGCAGACAUACACUAAUAAAAGAAUUUUAGAUCCUUCCCUACUCCCAGAUCUUAAAAUGUAAAAUAGUGAAAAAUAAUUUUACUCCUAAUAGUGACUUUUGCUUUUAUGUUUAAAUAAAUUGCACUCUGCUUGAUAGACAUAGGAAAUGCAAAACCACUUACGUAUUGCUUAAAAUUGGCUUCUAAUACUUGAUUUGGAGAAUCAGGUUCCAUUUGGACCGCUCACGGACAGUACGAGAAGCCAGGUGUGGCGCAUGCCUCUGGUCCCCGUGCUCCAGAGGCUGAGGCAGGAGGAUGGCAAGUCAGAGACCAGCCUGGGCUACCUAGUGAGACCCCUGUGUCAAAAGCAAAACAGGAGCACAGUUUCGCAGCCUGGCUCCGUGGUGAGGAGGGUCCCUGGUAGACACGAAAUGAGCGAGGCCAUCCACGGGGGUGCAGUCCUUCAUGGGUUGGAGGGCUCCCGUGUGGGUCACCAGGAAAUCCCUAGGACUGCUUGGGCCGCAUGGUCGGCACUGUCCAGCCCACGUGUGGGCUCAGUCCCGUGUGCGCCGCCUGCUCUGACCCUGUGCAGAGAGGGUUCCGAAAGCAAACUUGCUGAAUAUGGAGAAGAGCGCGGCAGUGAUAGUGCAGAAGCAGCGCCCGUGGUCAGGAAGUGUUGCCGGGUGGAGGCGCUGAGUGGGGAAUGGAAAGACGCCGCUGACCCCCCUGCCGGCGGGGGCCGAGCCGGGGCCAGGCACGGCCAGGUUACGAAGCAGCUUCGCCAUCGUAUUGCGGAGGUUGCCAUGAACGUCCCCGGCCCUCCUUGGCAGGUGCCGGAGAGCCAGCUCAGCAUCACGAUGGCGGAGGUUCCAUUCAGAGGAUGCACGUUCUGACUUUAGUGUAGCAACUGUGUUUCCGGUUACCAAAUUAAAAGGUUUUUUAUAGAAAAUUCUUAUUUGAAAACAGAGGCUAAGCAGUAUGGCAAAGUUACACCAUUAUAUAUAGCUGGGUUUGGAGGCACACGCCUAUAAUCCCUGAACCCUGGGAGGCUGAGGCAGGGUUGUCUCGAGUUUGGGCCCAGCCUGGGCGAUUUGGCACUUAGUGAGAUCCUGCCUCAAAGUAAGAAACAAGAGACCGGGACACAGGUGCAGCUCGGUGUGUGGGCCCUAGGUUCAGGCCCCGACGACGAGCGUCUGUACCUUUUCAUUCAGAUGGGCACUGCCGAGCUGGACUCCGUGGCCUGCAGGUGUGAGCCUCGGGAAGUAGCCGAGGUCUUUGGAGGAGCAGCAGUGCGCACGUGUCCGGGUGGCCCUUUUUCCCGUGGUGGCGCGAGAGGUGGUUCUGCACCGGAGCACGGGUAGGAGCUGAGCUGAGCAGUGGUAACAGAAGGCCUUGGUGUGCGUGCUCUGUCCAUGGAGGGCAGAAAGCCCGGCCAGCUCAGCUCCCAGAGGCACGCGGGCCGCUCCCACAGGUUCAGGGCGGUCAGCAGAUCCAGAGUGGGGAAUUCCUGGGGCACAGGGCUGGUCUAGUUUUCCUCGUAAAUCAGUGAUAGAACAGGAGAAGGGUGAAUUAUA